ACAGUUGAGAAUAUACUGGUUUCUGCUUGUGACUACCUACCACUGUUGGGCUUCGUAUUUGGAGAACCGGAAAGAUGCAACACUUUGGUACAACGAUGGCGACUUCUCCUCUGCCUGAUUCUACAGCUUUAGAAGCUGGCAUCAUCGAAGAUGAAAGACCAUCGCGUCUGUCACGCGUUCAGGAUAAUGUCAGGAACCUUCUCCGAACAUCUGUGUUUGGAUCUGUUGUCAGCUCUCCAACAUCACCUUCUCGUCCUCGACAACCACAGUCACCGGCGCAUCUCCAAACACAUCCAAUGCAGAACCCUCUCCGAUCACACCCGCCUUCGCCUAUCGUCAAUCAACGCGCCAGGCCAGAAGUGCUCCCGAGCCCAACAGAGUCCACCAGCUCCUCAGAACGCCAGAGCUCAGAGCAAGCACGACGGCCACCUGGCAGCUACUAUCAGAACAUCCAACGUAUGGCACAUCAGUCAGCCGUGUUCAACUCUCGAGCAGUGGCGGCACUCAAUCAUCCCGACCUGAGCGACCCAUCUCUGACAGAUCUUUCCCAGCAGAAGACCAAGCGACGGCAACAUCGUGGGUGGGCGAGGAGUCGAACAGGGUCUGGCUCGCGAAGUGUGCAUGGCAAGCGAACGGUGAUGGUGAAGCGAGCUGCGGGAUCCCAGGGCUUGCUAUUGACUUUGGCAUCGGUGUUGUUGGCAGCGCUGGUAGCGACUUGUGAGUGAUGGAGUCAUGGAAUGCUGGACCGGAGCUGACUUAGUUGUAGAUGUCUCGCUUGCGACGAGUGUACAGGGCGUGACAACCACCUUUCACGUCCUCUUCAUUCUUGGCAUCUUGCUGGCGACGAUCGUAUUCUCCCACGCACUGAUUCGCUUCUUCCUGACGAGCAGACGCCGUUCUCGGAAUUUGCCAACUUUCGUUAGAGUUACUCGACAUGGCCAUCACAGACAACGUCACCACGGUCCACGUCAUCAGCACAGUCGACAGAUGCCAACUCUCGCAGGCGAGACAGAGGCCUUCGUGCCGUCAGCACCGAUCCAGGUCCUUGUUCCAGGAGAAGAGAUCCAAACAACAAACAAUAAUAAUAAUUCAGCCUCUGCCCCGCAAAUACCCCAUGACUGGGAGAAGCCGGUCCAAACAGUAAAGAAUCCUCCUCCGGCAUAUGGUCGCUGGCGAGAUAGUGUUCGAGCCAAUCCAGAUCUGCUUCACUGGCAAAUGAUUCCUUCUCCCGUCAUGCCCGGCACACCCGCACAGCCUUCACCAACGUACGAGGAAGCAAUGUCAGAAGCCAUGGCAGCGGCACAGAGCCAUGCAGGGAGUCAUCCUCCAUCAUACAUGACGAGAGAUAGCCCAGCAAGGAGGAGAGAAAUGCUGGAGGCGCGAGCUGGUCUCGCGCGAUCGCAGGCGGUUGAGCCAGAGACGGAGCCAGAGAUGUUCGAGAUUGGCCCUCUGAACAGCGCUGCGUCAAGCGGCACUGGUCGUAGUGUCGGGCUGGCCAUGUGAGGUCGAGCAUAGAAAUGCAUAAUUAGAUUUCGAAGGGCGGGCCAUGCAUGAUCAUCAUCGAUCUCGUCGCCGUGCGCAGUAAUUCAUUUCUUCUGCUCG